AUGUCAAUCUCUACCAGCUUAGGAUCGGCAGACUUAGCAUUGGACCAACCGGCGGCCCCAUCUGGUGUGGUCCGGUCGCCAUCUGUGGCUUCCUCCUUAGACAGUGAUCAAGAGAACACUAGAGAUGAACCCCAGGCCUUGAAAGACGAUGAACUCGGAAAAAGAGCCAUGGCUGCAAUCGCGCCAAUUUUGGAAGGCUAUGAACCAAAGACGUCUUCUACCGACUUCCCCAUUGGUUCGCCAAUCGACCGUUCAGCCUCUCCCUCCAAGCUUGAACCAACUAUCUCCAACAUCAGCAACCUGAGCAUUGGAACAGGUGUUCCAACCUCAAUGAAAUCUCGUUCGGUUUCCGUUUCAGAGUACUCAGGACCAAAAUUACCCAAGGUGGGAACAAUUGGGGUUUGUGCUAUGGAUAACAAGGUUUUGAGUAAACCGUGUCGCCAUAUCCUGAAUAGGCUGAAUGCCAGUGGUGAAUUUGAAACUGUGAUAUUUGGUGAUAAAGUCAUUCUGGAUGAAUCCAUUGAGAAUUGGCCAACGUGUGAUUUCUUGAUUAGUUUUUUCUCCACCGGAUUCCCUCUGGAUAAGGCCAUAUCAUAUGUUGCUCUUAGAAAGCCAAUCACUAUAAACAACCUGAUUAUGCAAAAAACCCUGUGGGACAGACGUCUUUGUUUGCAGAUUUUGCAGUCUGCAAAUGUGCCCACCCCUGAAAGAUUGGUCAUUUCGCGUGAUGGUGGCCCAUUGGUGGACGAUGGUUUGAGGGCCAAGUUAGAGGAGAUCGGAGUUGAUGUUAAUGAGGUUGACGAGCCCGACUGGAAGAUGGUAGAUGAAGACACUUUGAUGGUGGAUGGACAAGUUCUGAAGAAACCGUUUGUGGAAAAGCCUGUUGAUGGAGAGGACCACAAUGUGUAUAUCUACUAUGCAAAGAGCAAUGGUGGGGGUGGUAGACGGUUGUUCAGAAAGAUCGGCAACAAGUCUUCUGAGUUUGAUCCUACCUUGAGUAUGAUCAGAACGAAGGGCUCAUUUAUUUAUGAGAAGUUUGUGGAUACUGACAACUUUGAAGAUGUCAAAGCUUACACCGUGGGUCCCAACUUCUGUCACGCGGAGACCAGAAAGUCACCGGUUGUCGAUGGUAUAGUUAGAAGAAACACGCAUGGAAAAGAGGUUCGCUAUGUUACCAAGCUUUCAGACGAGGAGCGUCUUACUGCUCAAAGAGUCUGUAAGGCGUUUGGCCAAACAAUCUGUGGGUUUGACCUGCUCCGGGCCAAUGGCAAGAGUUAUGUUAUUGACGUAAAUGGAUUCUCUUUUGUCAAGGACAACGUCGCCUACUAUGAUGCUUGUGCUAGUAUACUGAGGGACAUUUUUAUCUCAGAAAAGCGCAAGAAGGAUAUCUUCAUGCCAAAGGCUGUUAUCGAGGAAAAGAAGCAGAAGUGGGUUUUCAAAGGUAUUGUUUCUGUUGUGAGACAUGCUGAUAGAACUCCGAAGCAAAAGUUCAAGUACUCAUUCAAGUCUCCUCUUUUUAUCAUGUUGCUCAAAGGUCACAAGGAGGAGGUCAUCAUUCGCGAACAGGACCAUCUUCGAGUGGUAUUGCAAACGGUCAAGUUGGCACAAGAACAAAAGGCUGAGGAUCCCGCAAAGCUUCAGCAACUGGCUCUGGCAUUGGAGAAAAAGAUGACUUUCCCAGGUACCAAGAUCCAACUGAAGCCAACGCUUGCCAAAGAUAACGGUAUUGAGAAAGUGCAGCUGAUUCUGAAAUGGGGUGGAGAACCAACGCAUUCCGCCAGAUACCAGGCCUCAGAUGUCGGUGAGCAGCUCAGACAAGAUUUACAGCUUUUGAACAAAGAUGCUUUGAAGAAUGUGAAUGUUUUCACUUCAUCUGAAAGACGUGUGGUUGCAUCAGCUCAGUUGUUCUCCUGCUCUUUCUUACAACAGGACGACCUCCCUGAAAACUUCUUGCAAAUCAGGAAGGAUCUUUUGGACGAUUCCAACGCUGCAAAAGACUUGAUGGACAAAGUCAAGAAGAAGUUGAAGCCUCUUUUGAGACAGGGUAAGGACGCUCCACCACAGUUUGCGUGGCCUCCGAAGAUGCCAGAACCAUUUGUGGUUAUCAAGAGAGUUGUUGAAUUGAUGAAUUAUCAUCACAGAAUCAUGGAGAGGAAUUUUGCCACGAAGGACGUGGACAACUUCCAGAGAAGAUGGUGUUGCGGAGAGGACCCAUUUUUGUUCAAAGAACGUUGGGACAAGCUUUUCCAGGAGUUUGUUUCUGUGGAAAAAGUUCACCCUUCCAAGAUUAGCGAGCUGUAUGACACUAUGAAAUAUGAUGCUCUGCACAACAGGAAGUUCUUGCAGAAGAUUUUUCUUCCCGAGGAGGAGGAUAUAGACGACAUCAAGAAGACUUCCUCCUUGGUCAGUGAGUAUCCGAUCAAUGUUUUGGCUAUGAACAACUUCAAGGUAACAGAUGGUGCAAACCUAGAUGACAACCGCAGUUCCAAGACUGUUGGUUCUAUUGGGUGGGUCUUGGAUAGUGGUUGCAAGACUCCCAGAAGCUCCUCCAGUUCGCCAUUCGACGACCCUAGAUUUGCGCUUCUGCGUGAGUUGUACCGCCUUUCGAAGGUUCUGUUUGAUUUCAUUUGUCCUCAAGAGUACGGAAUUGAAGAUAACGAAAAGCUGGAUAUUGGUCUUCUUACGUCUCUCCCGUUGGCGAAAACGAUUCUGUCGGAUAUUGCCAGAAUCAAAGAAACAGACACGGCUGCGUGUGUUGUCUACUUCACAAAGGAGAGCCAUAUUUACACCCUUCUGAGUGUCAUAUAUGAAUCCCAGAUCCCCAUGAAGAUUGCGCGGAACGCCCUACCCGAGUUGGACUAUCUUUCUCAGAUCGUAUUCGAGCUGUACGAGAGCGAAGAUGGAACAGGUGAAAAGAAGCAUUCGAUCAGACUGUCGUUGUCUCCUGGUUGUCAUACACAGGAUCCGUUGGAUGUUCAGUUGGAUGAGAAGCAUUAUAUCUCCUGUAUCAGGAGAAUUUCCAUUACUCGUCACUUGGAUAUGGAUCUUGUUACCCAGAAGCUGAAGAGUAGGUUCACAAGGGUGAACCUGCCAAAGAAGUUCACUCCCGUGAACAUCUCAAGUCCUUUGGCUCUCGGUAAGGAGUAA